CUUUUUUGAUGAUUGUGUAGCAACCCAAGGCAAAGACCUGCAGCUAGAAAGCCCAAGAAAUGCUGCUCGCAGCUGCAGUGCAGAGGAGCUUCAAAACAGAUAUCCUACAGCCCACUGCGAGAAAACAGUCUUCAUCACUGUCAAAAAAGAGCUCUCAUCACUUGAAGCAACGAUGCAAGACGGGAGAACAUUACAAAACGUGGGCCCGGGUGUAAAGCCACCACAGCAAAACACUGCCGAGACAUCACAUUCCAAACGGACUAACGCCACUGAUGGAAGAAGCAGUCAGAUCCCCACAGCGGCCCGGAGGUCUUCCAGCAGCUUGGACACAAGGCGGGCCGGCUCUCAUUGGCACAGCUGCCAUCUCUGCCCAAAGGUGUUCGCUUCGAAGGACCGCCUGGAAGCACACCUCAACACCCACCCUUCGUACUGUCCUCACAAGUGCGACCACUGCUCUGAGGUGUUCACCAACGUGCGGCUUUUGGAGUUGCACACCAAGUGGCACCACAAGUGUGCAUGCCUGUACAAAUGUAGCCUGUGCCUGCUCUCCUUCUCGACUGAGAGGUCGCUCACCGCGCACCUCACGAGGCCGGACCAAGGGAGCAGCAAGGUCCGGUGCCAGCUGUGCUCGAAGUGGUUCGACAGCUGCCGGGCGCUGCUGGAUCACAGGGCGGAGCACUUCGCACCUUGACGACUGCGAUGUUGCCACACUUGCUGCAUGACAGCUAAUUUUUUUUCCCUUGUACUCCUUCUGCCUCCUUGCGCAAGGCAACUCAGUCGUGGUUUAAGUCAGUGACAUUUUCUGCAGUAGUUUUUUUAAGCUAUCAAGCAGAAGUGAUCUGCUUUUGCUCUGGUAUCCAGAGUAUCAGUUUUACCAAGAAGAGGUUAUGAAAGAGAAUACAUGAAAUACUGAGUGUAUCUAAGUAAAACUCUUUCUGCUAUACCACUGAUAAGAAGCCAACAUACACUGGCACCAAGGACAACAUAGGGGAAAUUACUUGUACUUAAUAAAUGAAAUAAAAAAAAACGAUAAAUUAGUGGAAAUGAAAGUGAAUAAAAAAACAACUUGCCACAGGUGGGGAACAACCCUAAAACCUUCGCAUAUAGU